GCUCCCAUGCCCUGGCGAUACUGAGGAUUUCGCCCACGCGGCCGAAGGCCCCUUCACGGUGCCGCGUGCUCACGCCUACGUCACGACCACUCACGACCACCACGGGAUCUUGCAGGAGAUGAAUCAAGCGAUCGAAAUCCCCAACACCUACGACGAAGCCAUGAGCUCUCCCCAGCGCUAAGAAUGGAAAGGAUCGUGCAGCAAGAAAAUGGACAAUUUGCGGAAACACACGUCUACAAUCUGGUGCCCCUGAGUAGCAUUCCCAAGGGAGAGAAGAUCCUCGCAACGAAAUUCGUCUUCAAGAAAAAGCUGGACGGACGCUUGAAAGCUCGCCUGGUAGUCGGAGGACAUCGUCAAGAGCCAGGACAGGAUAACGGACGUAGCUACGCCCCAGUAUGCCGUAUCGGGAGCAUUCGCAUGACGUGCGCCAUUGGCUGCCACAACAACUGGCCCAUCUACCAACUGGACGUUGUCUGUGCCUUCCUAAACGCCCUCUGCGACAGAGACGUGUACGUCAGACCCGCCCCCGGUACAUCCGCCAAGAAGUCCGCGACAGGAGAACUCAUGGUGUACAAACCAAAAUGGAGCCUCUACGGCCUAUUAGUCGCCGGCGCUCUGGAACGACACCCUGGAAGAGUCUCUCACGCUGUUCGGAUGGAAAAGGACUCAAUCCGACCCCUGCGUCUCGUGGACCAGAAGAAGAAGGAGCUCACGGAUCGAUUCGAGAUGACCGACAUGGGAGAGCUAGUGGACCAGAAGAAGGAGCUCACGGAUCGAUUCGAGAUGACCAACAUGAGAGAGGUAAAGCGGAUCCUCGGGAUCGAGGUACAGCGGGACUACGAGCAAGGUGUUCGUGUUUCUGGAUACGAGCAUGGUAGAUCUGCUAGCAGCACGGGGGGAACCGGAGGGACCACUCCGGACGGCUCGCAGGCAGGAGACACAAAUAGCAGCGAGCAGAUCGACAGCAUGCGGUCUGAGAUCAGUUCGCUGACACAGCAAAUGGGCCAGCUGGUGCAGCUGGUCGGAGGACUUGCUGCACGUAUAGAGGAGAAGUCCGGCGGUGCCACGGAGGGCGCCGCUGAAAGCGGCGGCGCCGUGGAGAGCGUCGCCACAAGCACUGCAGGUCAUUUUGGGACCGUGCAGUACGACGGGAGCGCGCAGGCAGCGGACCUGCGAAGAGAGUCUGGUCCUUCGGGACGACACAGCGGCGAAGUAGGGGGUUCAGACCCCCAAGAGGUGAGAGUAGCCGCUGCUCACAAUCAAGCUUGUUUCAGCAGCGCCAUGGGAAGUGGUGCUGCUGUCUUCGGUAGUGCGAGCGUGGGAUACCAAAGCGUGAAGUACACAGCGCCCACGUUCAGCGGAGACGCCAAGAGCUUUUCUUCGUGGCUAGAGGAUUUUUUGAUGGCAGCGAACACAGCAAACCUUCUUGAGCUUUUCGAGGAGGGGGGGGCGGAGAUCCCCGUAAACAGUGGGCAGAGCAAAGUCCAACUGUCCAGGUUUUACCCGCACGACAAAGUAGAGCUCGCUUUCCACGCGUGGAAUUUCCUCCGUGGAGCUCUCAAGGACGAGAAAGACAGGACAAUAAUGAAGCGAGCUGAGUCGCCCCUGGGGGCGCUCCGUGAGCUGAAGGGGUUGUACGACCCAGAAUCGUCCAUGCAGCCUGCGGAUGAGUUAAAAUCCCUGACAUCCAAGAAGAUCCCGAUGGCAGAGAAUCCGCAACAUGCUCUCAACAGUAUGCUCGCCACCGCAGAGUCCCUUUCGAAACGGGGGCUUGAUGUUAACGAAACCUUCGUUUUGCACCUCUUCUUGGAUGCCCUCUCCAACGAGUACGCUAUGACCAAGCACGCCCUCAGACACAAGGAGAGGUUGACAAGGAGUGACGUCCUGAAGGAGGUCACCAUCGAAUAUCGAUCGAUCAUGGAGAAGGUGAAGGCGGGGAAAGGCAAGGGCGCGCGCGGCGCCGAGCAGGCCUACCUCGCCGAUGGAGGCGGCCGCCGUGGGCGGUCGUCGUGGCGUGGGGGCGGCCGCCGAGGGCGGUCGUCCUGGCGUGGUCGUGGCGGUGGCCGCAGCGGCGGCCGCGGGGGCGGCGACAGCAGCGGAAAAGGCGGUGGCGGCGUCGAGGAGAGCAAGGGGAGUGGCUCUGGUGGGGCAGAUGGCGGCGGUACCGGGGACAAGAAGUUCCCGGGCCGGUGCUUCACGUGUGGCCGUUUCGGACACACGCAGCAGGACUGCACCACCAAGGAGAGCGACUACCUCCCGCAGUGCUCACACUGCGCAGGAUGGGGUCACAGCAAGGACAAGUGCGCGACGGAGGAGGCCGUCCUGGCGCAGAUCGUCCAUGCCGACAGCGACGCCGACUCCGUCGACAACCAGGCCUUCUGCGCGGCGCCGGGCCUGCCAGGCGAGUGUGGUGCUGUUGACCUAGGUCUAGUGGGGGUAACGGAACUAGGCCAGGAUGUCAUGGUGUACGUGGCUGAUACAGCAGCCACGUGCUCCAUGUUCCGAUGCGCAAACGCGUUCGUGAACUACCGCGAGUGUAGUGGUUGGGUCAAGGGGAUCGGAGGCAACAAGGCCCCCGUUCCUCUCCUAGGGUACGGAGACGUGACCGUAGUCUUUCUGACCGAAGGCGGUAGGGUACCAGUGCUAAUCCUGAACGGCGCUCAUGUGCCCGAGUCCCCCCACAACCUUCUCUCACUGUCGGCGUUGUCCGAGGAAGGCCACACGUAUUGCGGCCAGAAGGGGGGCUGACUCUCACUACGAGAGCCGGAGGGAAGGUGUGGUUCCCCCGGACGGGAAAGCUGCUAACUCAAGAAGGCUAUCAAAUCGAGCCGAAGGUAGACAUCGCCUGUGCCGCAACAAUUGUUCCUGGCGAUGCGAAAGCAGCC